AUGGAUAAGCUUUCUGGUCUCGCUUCCAAGCUCGGUGGCAGCAAGGGCGCAAGCUCGAGCUCGAAUCAGUCUUCUGGACAGGAAGACUACGUCGACAAGGGUCUCGAUUCUGCCGAGAGUAAGCUCAGUGGCGGCAAGGUCGACCCUGCCAAGAUGCGCUCCGCGAACGAGAAAAUCACGGAUACAGGCCGCGAGCAGUUUGAAAAGACUACUGGCAAGAACGUUCCGGACAAAGUUUCCAGCUAG